UUGACGUGUAAUAAUUUCGUUUGUUCGUUUUGCUUGUUACUUCUGAAGUUCUGGACCAACGGUCAGGUUUUGAGUCCUUGUGAUCGAAGAACUCGACCAAAACAGCAUUGAUGGCUGCAGUUGCACCUUAGACUAGCCAGUGCUCCUCUGCUGGCGUCGCAGUGCAGUGUCAUUCAGUGCUCUUACCAGUUAGUUUUGAAUUGAAUCCAUUUACUAUCACUUCAAGUCCGGCGCAGCCAUGGUGUUGCCAGCCUACGCUCAGCUGAUGUUGCUAUUGGCGGCUGUACCCUUACAAUACUACCUGGUGUCUCAAGUUCCUGUGUCUGAUGGAGAACUACGAGCAAAGGCGGCAACGUUCUUAUCAAGAUUAUACAAUCUGUACGACUGGUCCGUGGACGUUUGGCGCAGCUCAUCCGACACACAGCUGAUGAUUGAGAAAUUCCUGAACUUCUUCAUGUCCCCGGCUGCUGGUAGACCGCAUCGUCCGUCUCCUUCAUCCCAACAGACACCCGUCAAUGAUGGACAUUUUGAGGAUGAAGAAGCCGUGGAUGUGCAGAGAGAACAGGAGACUUGGUUUGGCCAGUCGUCGGAGAUACGCCGCACGCUUCCAAGCGAUCUUCAGUUUCGCGUUGGUGAAGUAGUGUACCACAAUGAAUGGCACUGGAGAGGUGUGGUGAUUGCAUGGGAUAGUCAUGCUAAGGUUCCUGACUACUGGCUGCAAGAGAAUGGAAUAGCUAGUGAUCAUGAAUCCUUGUCACAGCCCUGGUAUUUAGUAUUGGUGGACGAGAAGGACAAGGCUGGUGCCACGGCUUACGUUCCUCAGCACUCUCUUAGUGCAGAUGAGCUGGCAGUAGAAGGUGUUUCGCAUCCCCAGCUUGUAACGUACUUCAAGUCAGCACGUCGACCGGAUAAUAGGUAUGUAGCUCAGCCAUGGCUGAAGGAACGCUAUCCCAAUGAUUAAAUCAGACUACUCUACAGCAUGUCUUGUUGCUGCUUUCUACUGCUCAUUCACUUGAACAUUCAUGUAAAUAGCAGACAUUAUCAAAUGCUGAUAUUGCCUUGAAGCCUCAUAGUCAUGUACAUAGACCACCCGGACCCCCCCCCCCCCCCCCCCCCCCUGUACAUUAAUAUCUAUUGCAGAAUAUGCAACUAUUCACACAGGAAAUGGCCAUUUCUUGCUGUGCUACUUCGAAAUAGCACUGAAGUACCAAUUUCCCUUCCCCGUUGUUUUGUUCUCUUCACUGCAAAUUUUCAAGAGCACACCGAACUGAACAUACUGUUAAUACUGUAUAUACGCAUUUCAAUUGAAUACUAGUACUUGUAUUCAAGAAUGAUUUCCUACUGACAUGGUCUAACUUGCAAACUCAUCUUCAGAAUAUUCCAUAACAUUUCCUUUCUCUCUCUCUCUGUCUCUCUGUCUGUCUGUCUCUGUCUGUGUCUCUCUCUGUGUCUGUGUCUCUAUCUGUGUGUGUGUGUGUGUGUGUGUGUGUGUGUGUGUGUGUGUGUCUCUCUCUCUCUCUCUCUCUCUCUCUCUCUCUCUCUCUCUCUCUCUCUCUCUCUCUCUCUCUCUCUCUCUCUCUCUCUCUCUCUCUGUGUGUUCUGGUCUCUGUUAUAACGUUAAGCUUGUCCCUAUUUUCUUUCUUGUUUCUUAGUGUCCAGUACUACGUGUAGUGUGAUUAAGUGUAUUAACAGAACGAGCUAGUCUGUCGUGGAGCGAUGGGACCUGCAAGAAAAUUGA